AUGAAUAAUUGGUAUUACAAGACACCGCUCCUUAGACAAAUUUUGAAUUGGAAGACUACCACGGAACUACCGCAAAUUUUCAUCAAAUAUGAAAAUUUGCAGCCUGGUGGAAGCUUCAAAAGUAGGGGAAUCGGCAACCUAAUAUCACUCAAAUCGGAGAAUGGAUUAGUUAAAUCUCACGUUCUUAGCAGUUCUGGUGGUAAUGCAGGAUUAGCGGCUGCAAUUGCAAGUAAGCAGAUGGAGCUGCCGUGUACUGUGGUAGUUCCUACUUCUACAAAACAAAGAAUGGUGCAGAAGAUUAAGAAUAGUGGUGCAGAAGUUAUUAUUAGAGGUUCACAUUGGAAAGAAGCAGAUAAUUACUUGCAACAAAACUAUAUACAAAGUUUUCGAAACGAUGGAACAUCUAAACCUCUCUACGUGCAUCCGUUUGAUGAUCCUAAAGUUUGGGAAGGCCAUUCUACAAUGGUUCAUGAAAUAAUAGAUAAUUUACGGGAACAAAAUAUUUCAGUUGAGAAUGUUAGGGGAAUUGUUUGUAGUGUUGGUGGCGGUGGCUUAUUCAAUGGAAUAAUUAAAGGGCUGGAAGACCAUGGAUUGGCAGACAAGAUUCCAGUCAUUGCAGUGGAAACAUAUGGAUGUAACGUUUUAAAUGCAUCAUUGAAUGCUGGAAGGCCUGUUAUGUUAGAUAAAAUUACUAGCUUGGCCACGUCCUUGGGUUCCACGUACAUACCUCAAGGUGUUUUUGAAAAUGCCGUGCGCUAUGGGGCCAAAUCUUUAGUCCUUGAAGAUAAAGAUGUGAUUGAAACUUGUCUAAGAUAUGUAAGUGAUUUUGGUCAGAUUGUCGAACCUGCCUGUGGAGCAAGUCUCCACAUAGGUUAUCAUCCAGAACUUUUGGAAAAUUUCUUGGGGGGCUUUUCAAAGGAUGAUAUAAUUGUGAUCAUAGCUUGUGGUGGAUCGACAACUACUUUCAAAGAUUUAACUAUUGCUUCUAAAAAUUUUUCUAUAUCAUAG